AUGACUGAUUUUGUUCAACAAUGUAAACCUCUACCAGUUACUAAAAAAACACAGUUUGAUGAGCAACUUACUAAAAUGAUAGUAAAAAGAUUUUACACAUUUGCUCUUGUUGAAGAUCCAGAAUUUAAAACUUUUUUAAGUAUGCUAAAUCCUUUAUAUGUAUUGCCUAGUAGAAAGACAGUCUCUAAUAACAUAAUACCGAGGCUUUAUGAAAAUUGUAAGAAUGAUGUAAAAUGUUUAACAGACCACACUUUAGCUGUGUAUCUUACAACAGGUGGUUGGACUUCAAAUGAGAACACAAGUUUUAUGGCCACAACUGCUCAUUUUUUUGAUACUAACACAGAGUUGAAAUCUUUCUGUCUUGACUGUACAGAAUUUAGUGACCGACAUACAGCAGAUAUUAUAAGUGAAAAACUUAAGACAAUUGUGAGAGAUUGGAACAUUGCUCAUAAAGUAACAGCGAUCGUCAGUGAUAAUGCGUCUAAUGUCAGAAAUGGUAUAGAAAAGACUAAUUAUCGUCAGGUUGCAUGUUUUGCUCACACUUUGAACCUUGCUGUACAAAAUGGUCUUAAAGUUAUUUCACCCAUCACCCAAAAGGUUAAAAGUAUAGUUGAAUACUUCAAGUGCAGUCAUCAUGCAUUAGCAAAAUUACACGCUACUCAAGAACAGAUGAAUCUUCCAAAACUGAAACUCAUCCAAGACGUUGUCACUAGGUGGAACUCCACUUAUGACAUGUUACAACGGUUUGUCAAAGUGAAAGAUGCAAUAAAUUCUACAUUGGCCGUACUUCAAGCAAAUGUAGAGUUAUUGACUUCAGAAGAAUGGAUUAUUGUUGAGAAGGCUUCAGUAGUGCUUGAAAUAUUUUAUGAGCACCAGAUAAUUUCUCGUUUAAAACCAUUUGAAGACAAUGAUCUUGUUACACAGGCUGCAUUAUUAGAUCCGCGUUAUAAGAAGUUGGCAUUUUCAAAUGUAAGUGAACAAAAACUUACUAAUGCUCUUAAUAAUCUAAAAGAAAAAGUGUGCUAUGUUCAAGUUGAAGACACAAAUUCACAUAAUUACAAUCCUCAGCAAAUUGAUGAGUCUAGUACUAGUAGUUCACUGUUAUGGAAAUCAUUUGAUGAACAGUUCAAUAGACACAGAGCUUCACAUAACCCCCAAGCAGCUGGAAUAAUAGAAUUGGACAAGUAUAUGAAUGAGCCCAUUAUAAACAGAUAUGAGAAUCCUCUUACUUGGUGGAACAGUAGAAAACCUCAAUAUCCCCGUUUAGUCCCCGACUUAGUGUUAAAAAGAUUAUGUAUCACAGCCACAUCCGUUCCGUGUGAGCGCCUCUUUAGUAAAACCGGAAUGACAUUAAAUGAUGAAAGAAACUGGAUUAAACCAAGCAAAGCAUCUAAAGUACUCUUUUUAAAUCAAAAUCGUUGA